UAACUAUAAAGAGAGACAGCAUACUUGCUGCUAUCACUAAGAGUAUUAUUAUAGUGACCUUAUCUAUUGUUCUAUUGCAGUGUGUUUAUUCAUUAAAUAGACGAUAACAAUAAAAAUGUUAGCGUAUCAUAUUAGAAAUUAUUUCGGACCAAAAGCCAUCUUUUUUCUGCCUUAUCGUUGGUGCUUUCUAAGGCAAAGCUCAACAAACCCUGGAAUGAAGAAAGCUUUACUUACAGAUCUUAGGAAAGGAACAGGAUAUUCUUUUGCAAAAUGUAACGAAGCUUUGAAGCAGUGCAAUAACAAUCUUCAAGAGGCUGAACUCUGGUUGCAUGAACAAGCAGAAAAAGAAGGUUGGUCAAAAGCUAAAAAACUCAACAAACGCUCAACAAAUCAAGGGCUGGUUGGUAUAUUAGCUGAAGAUAAUUAUGUUGCUAUAGUGGAAUUGGCUUGCGAAACCGAUUUUGUUGCAAGAAACGAAUUAUUUCAAGAACUUGUUUCUACAGCAGCACAAUCAACAUUACAUUUUAGGCAGCAAGUUAUUUUACAGAACCAAAAAGUAAACUCUUUGAAUAAUAAUGAUGUAACACAUUUGCGAGAGUUUCUUUUGCAACACGAAUUACAAACGUUAACAGUUAAAAAUGGCAGUGUAACUUUACAAGAACAUCUUGUCAGUUUAGUAGGCAAGAUCGGUGAAAAUAUGAAAUUAAAGAGAGCGAUAGCUAUUGCAACAAACCGAGAAAAUAUUGUUGGAACUGCUGUUCAUGGAAAUAUCACUGCAUGUAUAAAUAACUGCUUUAUGGGUUCGUAUGCCUCAACAGUUGUGUUAAAACCACUACAUCAAGAUUGUGAUGCUAUUAAUUUAAAACAGCUUGCCAAUGGAAUUAGUCAGCAUGUUAUUGGGAUGAAUCCACAAUUUCUACAUCCUCCGCAUGGCAAUGAUAAUGACGAAGAGGCAUUACUAUCUCAAGAAUACUUGUUAAACGAUAAAAUAAAAAUAAAAGAUAUAGUUAGACAAAAUAAUGUUGAAAUUGUUGACUUUGUAAGGUAUGGUGUCAAUGAGUAAAGAGUUAUAACAAAAUUCCAGAAUAACAUUUUUUCUAUUUUUUGUAUUCAUAAUCAUUAUUUAGGAUGAAAAUUAACAAAACUUUAUUUUCA